GGGAGCAGGGGGCACAGCUAAAGAGACACCUGGAUCAGGGGCAGAUAAUGAAUGGAGCCGACCCUCCUGAAGCUCACAGCUGUGUCAAGAAAUUGGCCCUCCAAGCAGAAGUCUUCACUGGGAAGAAAAACAUCGUGCUCCAGCCUGAGGCCCACUCCCAGGAGAGCUCCCUGUUACUUAACCAGACCCCAGAACACUUGUCUCUGCCUGGGACUCCAGUGCUCCUGAAUCAGCAACUAACUGUUCCUCCUUCUGGGGAGUCCCAUGGGCCUCCUGACCUGCCCAGCUCAUGGUCAACUCUGAUUCUCCAGCCCUGUGCCACUCUCGACCCUCCUCUACUGCAGCCACAGGUCCCUGGAGCCUUUGACCAGGCUUCAGUAUCUGCCCCAUCAGAGUGGCAACGGAAGCUGGAGGCAGCUGAGACCCUGUUGACCCUGAGAGACCCUCCCAAGGUCCCUUCUGGCUCCAUCUCCCUCCUACAGCCCUGUGGUGCACAAG